ACCACUGAGGGAGGGCACUAUCUGUGUUUGUCUUGGCGAUGAUGGCAGACAUACUAGAGCUGCGGACAGACGGGAACUCUCUCCUGAAGGCGGUGUGGCUCCGACGCCUGCGGCUCACCAGGCUCCUGCUGGAUGGUGGUGCCUACAUCAAUGAGAGCAAUGAGCGAGGAGAGACACCGCUCAUGGUGGCCUGCAUGUCCAAACACAGCGACCCGCAGAGCGUGAGUAAGGCAAAGCUGGUUCAGUACCUACUGGAUAACAAGGCUGAUCCCAACAUCCAGGAUAAAGCAGGCCGGACAGCCCUGAUGCAUGCCUGCAGCCAGAGGGCGGGACAUGAGGUGGUGUCCCACCUGUUGACCAAUGGGGCAGACCCAAGUCUGGAAGACAGGAGUGGGGCCUCUGCUCUGGUCUAUGCCAUUAACGAAGACGAUAAGGAGACCCUAAAGGGUCUCCUAGACGCAUGUAAAGCCAAGGGCAAAGAGGUCAUCAUUAUCACCACAGACAAGUCACCCUCUGGCACCAAAACCACCAAGCAGUACCUGAAUGCCCCCCCUUCCACAGAGCUAGAGGAUAAGUGCUCCGCUGCAUUCUGCACCACUCCCUCUGACAUUGAGCUCAACACCUCCUCAUCACCUAACUCAGCCGAGCAGCACAACACUAUCUUCGGUUUCCAGACAAAGUUGAAAACAUCAUCCAGCACAGCAGCAAAGCUUCCCAAUGGGCUGACUUCACCCACGCGGCGACCAGCCAACCCCAAGCGUGCUCGUUUACCCCAGCUGAAACGUCUGCAGUCGGAGCCCUGGGGGCUGAUCGCUCCCUCCGUCCUGGCUCCAGCUGCGGCCCACGAGGAGAGUAAAAGAACCACCUCUGAUGAAGACGUUGUCACAGGCAUCAAUGGACUUUCUCUGUCCAAGAGAUCGACUCUGUCUCGACAAAACAGUGUGGAUGGCAAGGAUGUGUUGUUUCCACAAAUUUCAUCCUCAUUAUCUGUCCCUCCAACUUCCAAAUCGGCAUAUGAGAGGAGUUUGUGUCAGCAGCACCAGCCCCUAGCCCGGCGUAGCACCGUCCCUGCAGAGCAGGACAGUAGCAGUAACACUGGGCUAUCCAGUUUGAGAGACACAGUCUACAGGAGAUGGCUGGGCACUGACCACUAUGACUCAGACUUCCAGCUGUACUCAGACUGUGGCAUGCUGGACUCUCCUAAAGUUCCUCUAGAAAGGAAGAAACUCAACGGGUCUCCGUUAGCCAUUCUGACCAACUCCAGGGAGUCCAUAGACAUCAACAACAGCACGUCAUCUCCCAGCACAGCACGACGGUGCGCACCAGGCCUCCUGGAGAGGCGAGGCUCAGGGACUCUGCUGCUGGACUACAUUUCCCAUACCCGGCCUGGCCAUCUACCCCCCCUGAACUUCAACCCCAACCCUCCUAUACCUGACAUUGGAACCAGCAGCAAGCCCUCAUCCCCUCUUGCCUCAGGUUUCAGAUCAAUAGCUCCAGUAGCAGCAAACUCACCAAAUAGAGGCCAGCUCAAGUCAAAGAAGAAACUUGUAAGGAGGCACUCUAUGCAAGUGGAGCAAAUGAAACAACUCUCUGCUUUUGAGGAGCUGUAGUGGGACUCAUUGUUUGUAGAUGUAGCAAUGUUCACCACAUAAAAAAACGUGUAACUUUUCUAAAGAAAAUGUCCUGAUUUUGUAGAUUUUUUUUAUUUCAACCUUUCCUCUUAGAAAAUCAGUGGAACAAGAAUAUAACUUGCUUAUACAGUUGUAAAUGUUAUUAAUGCUCUUAGAAUAUCAGCACCACCUAUUCAACAUUACAGGUUAGACACUAGCAACAUCUCAAGGUAACAACUGAUGGCUGAGAGAUUCAAAAACAUUACAUUUCUAGACAAUUAAAAAUCACAAAAACUAUUUGAAUGUAACCAUAUGAAUAACAAUUAUUUGUUGGGCCAUCAAGUCCUUUAGAUGUACAAUCCUAAGAACACAUACAGUAGGAGAUACAUGUGUAGCCAACAAACCAGCUGGUUGUGUAGAAUUAUGUUAUUCAUUCAAAAUGCAGGUGGGCUAACUAGAAAUACAAAAAAAAUAGUUAUGUUUUGUAUGUUGUAGCUCUAGUAUGAAAGGGAGUUUGAUUGUUUUGUAGCAAACUUGUAUACAGUGCCUUCAAGACAAUUAUCGGAAAAGAAGGUGGAUCAAAAAGUUAUUUAUAAGUCCCAAUGCAACCAAAAGGUGUUUUGUUUUAGUGCCGUUGGUUUCCUGCCCAAUAUGAAAGGCUAAGAAAACAUAAAAAUCCUAUGACUUAUAAGCCUUAAGUACAAUUAAAUAGAUUGUGGAAAUCAGCACUUCAUUAUCGUAAAUUCUAAAUUGCCCAAGAGAAAAAUAAAAUGUUGUUUCUCCAAAUGUUUUGUAGAUAUAGCAGGGCAUGUAUUUUCAUACAUUAGUUCCAUGACAAAACAACACAAAUUCAGCAAAAAAAAGCAACUGCGUUUAUUUUCAGCAAACUCAACAUCUGUAAAUAUUUGUAUGAACAUAACAAGAUUCAACAACUGAGACAUAAGCUGAACAAGUUACACAGACAUGUAACUAACAUAAAUGGAAUAAUGUAUCCCUGGAUAAAGGGAGGGGUCAAAAGUAACAGUCAGUAUCUGGUGUGGCCACCAGCUGUAUUAAGUACUGCAGUGCAUUUCCUCCUCAUGGACUGCACCAGAUUUGCCAGUUCUUGCUGUGAGAUGUUACCCCACUCUUCCACCAAGGCACUUGCAAGUUCCCAGACAUUUCUGGGGGGAGUGGCCCUGGCCCUCACCAUCCAAUCCAAAGGGUGCCAGAUGUGCUCAAUGGGAUUGAGAUCCAUGCUCUUCGCUGGCCAUGGCAGAACACUGACAUUCCUGUCUUGCAGGAAAUCACACACAGAAUGAGCAGUAUGGCUGGUGGCAUUGUCAUGCUGGAGGGUCAUGUCAGGAUGAGCCUGCAGGAAGGGUACCACAUGGGGGAGGAGGAUGUCUUCUCUGUAACGCACAGCGUUGAGAUUGCCUGCAAUGACAACAAGCUCAGUCCGAUGAUGCUGUUACACACCACCCCAGACCAUGAUGAACCCUCCACCUCCAAAUCGAUCCCGCUCCAGAGUACAGGCCUCAGUGUAACGCUCAUUCCUUCGAUGAUAAACGCGAAUCCGACCAUCACCCAUGGUGAGACAAAACAGCGACUCGUCAGUGAAGAGCACUUUUUGCCAGUCCCGUCGACGGAAGAGCACUUUUUGCCGGUGAUGUCGUUGCCGGUGAUGUCUGGUGAGGCCCGGCCUUACAACAGGCCUACAAGCACUCAGUCUAGCCUCUUUCAGCCUAUUGCGGACAGUCUGAGCACUGAUGGAGGGAUUGUGCAUUUCUGGUGUAACUCGGGCAGUUGGUGUUGCCAUCCUGUACCUGUCCCGCAGGUGUGAUGUUCAGAUGUACCGAUCCUGUGCAGGUGUCAUUACACGUGGUCUGCCACUGUGAGGAUGAUCAGCUGUCAGUCAUGUCUCCCUGUAGUGCUGUCUUAGGCGUCUCACAGUACGGACAUUGCAAUUUAUUGCCUUGGCCACAUCUGCAGUCCUCAUGUCUCCUUGCAGUAUGCCUAAGGCACGUUCACACAGAUGAGCAGGGACCCUGGGCAUCUUUCUUUUGGUGUUUUUCAGAGUCAGUAAAAAGGCCUCUUUAGUGUCCUAAGUUUUCAUAACUGUGACCUUAAUUGCCUACCGUCUGUAAGCUGUUAGUGUCUUAACGACCAUUCCACGGGUGCAUGUUCAUUAAUUGUUUAUGGUUCAUUGAACAAGCAUGGGAAACAGUGAUUAAACCCUUUACAAUGAAGAUCUGUGAAGUUAUUUGGAUUUUUACAAACUAUCUUAAAAGACAGGGUCCUGAAAAAGGGGCGUUCCUUUUUUUGCUGAGUUUAAUAUCUGGACACUACAAACGUAAAUACAGACUUUAGUGGUUGUUGUUCCUCUAGAAUAUAAUUUACACUUAUGGCAAUUGAAGUAAAAGUUAAUACAGCUGCUAUGUAACUUAACUGUAAGACAUUCCUUCUGUUUAAACAUUAACAUAUUUUGAUGCAUAGUAUUUUUGUAUGUAGUUUGCUUUAUAUUCUAAAUAAAUGUCUCUAAGCACUU